GCUACAAUGCGAUCGAUUUGGUUAUUGGCCACGCUUGCAGUGCUGGCUAGCGCCAGGACACUCAAGGAGCCGGCAAAGUUGAGCUAUGAAGGCUAUGAAGUGUAUCAGUUGAACAUACGCAAUAAGAUACAUCUACAGCUUAUAAACAAGCUGACUGAAAUGAGCAAUGAGUACAACAUCUGGAAGGAUUAUGAGGAAUACAGCAAGCAAGUGCAUGUCAUGGUGAGUCCUAAGGCAAAAUCACACUUUCAGCUGUUGUUGAAACUAUUUGGCAUAAGCAAUGAACUCAUGAUAGCAAAUGUGCAAAGACUUAUCGACGCAGAGCAGCCUGUUACUAGAGAUAGCGGCGACGGGUUUGGGUGGAAGCGGUAUUAUGAACUGGAGGAGAUUGAGGCUUGGCUUGACAGCAUAUUGGCUGCCUAUCCAAGCGUGACUGAGGGUUUUACGAUUGGCAAGUCUUUCGAGGGCAGAACCAUACGUGGUAUCAAAAUUUCACAUGGCACUAAUAAGCCUGGCAUCUUUAUUGAGUCCAAUAUACAUGCUCGUGAGUGGAUUACUUCGGCCACAGCCACUUGGUUCAUUAAUGAGCUGCUUAGCUCGAAGCAGACUGCAGUGCGUAGUCUCGCUGAUAACUAUGACUGGUAUAUAGUGCCUGUGUUCAAUGUGGAUGGCUUUGAGUACUCACAUCGCAAGGAUCGCAUGUGGCGGAAGACGCGGCAACCACAUCCCACCAAUAACUGUAUAGGCGUUGAUGGCAAUCGCAACUUUGAUUCGCAUUUUAUGGAGAAUGGCGGUGCCUCAGAUAAUCCUUGCAGUGAAACCUUUGCCGGCGCGGCACCUUGGUCGGAGCCAGAGACAAAAGCCCUGUCAGACUACGUAACAAGCAUUAAGGAUAAAUUUAACGUUUAUCUCUCAUUCCACUCGUAUGGUCAGUGGCUGCUGACGCCCUAUGGUCACACCAUGGUGCUUCCACCGAACUAUGAUCACUUGCAAGACAUAGGUGCUGCUUUUGCAGGCGCCAUCAAGAGCUUACCCUAUGCGACAGAAUAUGUGCACGGAUCCACGGCUACAGUGCUUUAUGUGGCUUCAGGCUCAUCGGUUGACUGGGCAUACAAUGAGCUGGACAAGAAGGUGGGCUUCACCAUCGAGUAUCGCGACAAAGGACGCUUUGGCUUUCUGCUGCCGCCAGCGCAGAUAUUGCCCAACUGUGAGGAGCUCAUGGCAGGCAUGAUAGCGCUAAUUGACAAGACCAAACAGCUGGGUUAUUUAUAAGGCAAGACUGUAUUUUACGU